CCGCAUAUAUCUGAAGGAAAUCAGUGAUACAUAGAGCGAACCAGUUCUAUGUGAAUAGUAAAGCUAGAGAUCGUUCUAUGCCUGCUGUGACCCCAUUUUUUUAAUGAAAUUUAAUUUCGGGCUAACAAUGCUUAUAAAACCACAUGUUCGACAACUACCAUGGAUAAAUACCGUGGGUUCGUUUUUGUUUUCUUGUGGUGCCCAUAGAAGACCCGUGCUUUUCGGUCGCGAACAAACAACUGCCCACUGGGAUCGGUCAAAGAUCAUCAUCCUUGAACACCACCAUCUCACUUCUUUCUCGCCAUCUAUGAGGCCGUUGAGCAACAAUGUGCUGCUCUAAACUGCCCUUGGAUUCUUUCGCUCCAGUAAAUGUGAGCCUCAGCAAGCAAUGAAUCCAGACUGAAUAAAAAGACGCAGUACAUCAGUAGGUGUCCCAGGUGAUUCGCCCACUGUUCGGGCAUCACCCUUUCUUCCUGGAAUGCCCGGAUUGAGUUCUAUCCGGGUACUACAUCAUAUCACGACGAUCGAUAAGCUAAUCUAAAUAUGUUAUGCCUGUCUAGUGGCUUCCCAUCCAUCCAUCAAAGCUGGUCCCGUCCAGCCAACUACAAUGCCCCUCAUCCCUGACGAGUCAGGUCUUGCGUCGCACCAUACCUUCGCAUCCCCACCAGAACGUUUAGUGACCAGGAGUACUCCGUCUUCCACCGUUCAUAGCCGGGAAACGUCCGCCGUUAGAGGAAGACUAGCCGACCCCUCCACGCUGGCCCCCUCGACCCUUCAACCUCAAAAUACUCGCCGCGGCCAUUCUAACUCCAAAAGCCCCGAGGCUUCCUCCGGACGCCCCGGUGCUGCCUACGAUGUGACCCUGGAGAGACGUCCUUCCAACUCAUACGGACACCACCGCCAGACUUCGAUUGUUCAUGGGAUCCAACACUCUCGCAACCCCAGCUUUGCCGCCUCUUCCACUUCCACGAGCCCUCUGAGCCCGGAGCUGAUCGCAUCCCUCGGACGUAGCGUUGGCGUUGAGCAGGACAGUUCCCCGCUGGGCCGAUUGGAGCAACUUGAUAUGCACACAUUUCAUCAGAACCAGGGGGUCAACGGCACAGGCCAUACUCUGCAGGGCAUGUUGAGCACCAUCGAAGAUCAAGAUACCGACGAGGCCGUCGAUGGCGGUCCGGCGAACCCGGCCCAUAGGAGGAUGAACUCGAGUGGCAAACCACGCUCUCAUAGUCGGUCACAUUCAAAACACCACACGGAAUCAAAAACAGUGGGGGAAUAUGCCUUGCAUCAUCUCUUCAACUCUUUUGUUGGUCAGGCAGACAACAAGAUAAACCAGGCCAUUAUGAAGCUGGGGGAGUCUGAUAUGCCAGUGGAAAUGGUAUGUGGACCGGGAGCAGAUCCAGGCUUUGAUCAGUUGAUCUCUGCUCUGGGCCAUAUCGCACGACAAAAACCGAAACCAUUGAUCGACACGAUUAUGUUCUGGCGCAAAGCCAAGGGGGAUGCUGCGAUCAUGGCUAAACAAGUGUCUAAUCAAGCGAAGGAAAACGGCUUACUUAUCCGCCGGAAUACAGAACCGCCACAAGUAGCUGCCGACGCGGCUUCUCAGACAGAUCAUGCAUCCUCGAACCCGAUCUUCCCUAGAAAUGAUGAUGUUAUCUUGGCUGAGCGUCGUGCAACUGUGUCGGUGUACCUCGUAUGUCGAGUUCUGAUUGAGAUUUUCAACCAGAGCAGUCUUGCUUCUAUUACGGUUGAUAUGGCCGAGCGUCUGGAAGAGAUUGUGUUCAGUCAACUUAAAACGGUCGAUCCUGACCAGGUUGCUGCGUCCUUACUUCGCAUAGCCAAUUGGAGAAUAUACUCCCAACUGCUUGGGAUCAUGAGUGAAACGAAUUUCACGAGUGUCACAACCCGCUUUAUAGCGGAACUCGAAAGGUAUCAAAAGGAAGAAACUCUUCGAGGACCUUCAAAAGACGGCGAUGCCAGAGCCGAGCUUUUGAUCUUAGGCAUGAGACAUCUGCGGAUUGGGACGUAUCCAGAUGCAUGGCCUAAAUCUUGUGAUUUCAUGCGGUCUUUAGCGCGGUUGUUUGUUAACGCACAUGGACAGCGGGUUAAGCAAGCUUAUUGCUAUAUCUUCGAGAAGCUACUUUUACCGGUGGCGGCGAACCCUAGCUGCGACUUGUCUCUACCUAAAUGGAAGGACUUCCUGGACUUGGUCCAGCCGCGCCUGUCCCAGAUGCUAACCAAACCUCGACACUGGGCCGCUUCUUUUCCUCUCCACGUUUUGCUCUUGUGCGUUUCAUCGAAAGAGAACUUUUCUUCCCAAUGGUUGUCCGUCACUUUGGGGCUCCCGCCGAGAUUAAAGGACCGUCCUACCAGGGGCCCAGCUCUCCAUGCAAUGUGUCGCUUACUUUGGACAUAUUUUUUUCGCUACUCGGAAUCCCCAACGGCUACUCUUAGAAAGGUAGAGGAAGUGGCUAAAAUUGCACUACCCGCAGGAAAAAGAACGUAUUUGAGUACGGAGCCGGCGGUGACAGAGCCGUUGAUCCAACUGGUGCGGAUGAUUGGAUUUAAGCAUCCAGAGGUUUGCUUCCGCAACAUCAUCUUUCCUAUGAUAAAUUCGGAUCUUUUCCUAUCUGGGAAGGAAUUGAAAAUCGAACAGAUGGAGCCGGAAAAGAUGGUCAUCGGAAUUAGAUCAUUCCUUGCUAUAGUGACCGACCUAGAGAACUGUGACCAGCUAUGCCCACCUUUCCCAACAGGAUCGAUACCGAAUCCUUUCACUGAUAUCUCGGCGACGACUCACUUGCUACGACCGCAAUUCCUUGCGGACCCACGGUUGCCAACUGCUUUGGAAAGACGGGAUGAUGCACACCCACGCCCCGUUAACACUUCAAGGCUGAGUGACAAUAUUAGAAGUUACUAUAUCCGCUUCUGCGAGGUAUUGGGUAAAAUCACCCUCUUGUGUGACAAUACAUUUGGAGGUCAGGCGGCUUUGGAUGAGAAGUUUGGCGGCGCGACUCCCAAGACGCCGAUUUCAGAUGCAUUCAGCUUUGGAAGGCGCGAUGAUCACAUAAACACGCUGGACCAAAGGCAAGGGUUUUACGAUUUGCUUCACGUUGCCGUGCAAGCGCUUCCUCGCUGCUUGUCAGAUCAUAUUCCGUUCAACUCGUUGAUCAAUUUGCUUUGUACUGGCACAGCUCACGUGCAAUCAAACAUAGCCUUUUCUUCUGCUGAAUCUCUGAAGGCAAUCGCCAGGCAAUGCCAUGCGCAACAGGUGACCAUUGGUUUUGCCCGGUUUAUUUUCAAUUUCGAUGCGAGGUAUUCAACAAUGUCAGAUGAAGGCAUGCUUGGACCAGGGCACAUAGAAUCUACGCUACGACUCUAUGUUGAAUUGUUGGAAAUCUGGAUAGAGGAGAUAAAACACAAAAGCAAAGGAGCGGUCGCAGAAGCGGGCGACAAGUCGGGCUCUGGCAGUCGAGCCUUGCAGCUUGACCUUUCUAGUGUGCUUGCACAUGUUGAAGAGAUUGAAUCCCAUGGCUUGUUCUUCUUAUGCUCGCAGUCUAGGAGGGUGCGGGCUUUCGCCAUCACCGUGCUUCGGCUUAUCACAGAGUUUGAUAGGGCGCUUGGUAAGGAGAACACACGGAUCAUCAAGAUUCUUGAGGCAGAUUCCCACCAAAUCUUGAAUGUAAGUGAUGAGCAACUCACAGUUGCUGAGAGGAGUCGGAUUCAGAAAGGAAAGCGAAGGAGUGCAUCCCAUAACACUCUCAUUGAACUAUGCAGCAGUGAGGUGUCGUAUGACUCGACUUUAUGGUCGAAAGUGUUCCCAAAUAUCAUCCGGAUAAGCUUCGAGACUUGUCCGUUCGCCGUGACUCUUGGGCGGGAGAUUGUCUGCGCAAGACUAGUACAGAUGCACAAAACGAUUACCGGGCUUGCCGAAAAUCCCCAACAUCCUCCAUAUGGACCCUUGGAUGUCGCGCAGACCCGCCCGCAUGGAAGGUCUCAUAUGACUGCCGAGAUUCUAGUCGAACAAUGGAAGCUUUACCUAGUCAUGGCCUGUACGACCGUCAACAGUGUUGGUGCACAGUCUCAGAGUCAGUUAGCGAACGCCCAGCACGCGCGAAAGUCUUCAAAAGGAUCCCAGCAGUCAAAUGACAAAAUUAGUUCCGCUAGGAGCCUCUUUGCAUUUGUAAUUCCGCUGCUUUCGGCUGAAAGGGCUUCCAUCCGCAAUGCUAUCGUGGUCGCGUUGGGCUCUAUAAAUAAGAACCUUUAUCGUACAUUGCUCGAGUCACUUCAAUAUGCGGUCACAACUUGCAACGAAGAAGCAAAGAUCCGCAUUGGUACACAUUACCGAUCCCCGAGCAGCCCAAGACGCAAUCGGAAAACGGAUAGACUGCGGACAGAAGUCACGCAUGUUUACAAGCUCACGUCAAACUUCCUGCAGGAGCCUGAAGUGUAUAAUGACGACUGGAUCGUCAAUAAUCUUGUUACCUACGCAAAGGAUCUGCGGAUCUUUUUGAGUGACGCCGAAGUCCAGAAUGACUGGGAGUUCCAGCGGCUGCGGUUUCACUACUGCGGACUAAUGGAGGAAAUUUUCGAAGGAAUCAAUCGUACAAAAGAUCCUUCACGUUGGAUACCCUUCGAAUCCAGAAAGUCUGCGUUCUCCCUCAUGGAAGAUUGGUGUGGAUACUCUCCGAACCAGGCUCAGAUUUCUCAGAGAGAGGACAAUAUGCGAAAGCUCGCCAUCACAAGUCAGCGAGAAACUGGUGAGCUCCGUAACACCGCAGCAGCCAUGGAGAUAGAGAAGAAAAAUCUUCGAGCGGCAGCGCUUAGCGCGAUGGCAUCCUUGUGUGCGGGACCGAUUAGCAUUACUACGGAAAGUGGCUCUGUGCUUCAGUUCGAUGUAGGACGAAUGCUCUCAUGGAUUGAUAUUAUCUUUAGUACACUCAGCGACAAGUGGCACGCGAUUGGCAGACGAGCACUAAAAAACUUGAUCGUCCACAAUAAAGAUCAUUCAUACUUGCUCGAACGGUCGAUAGAGAUGUGCUACGUCACAGAACGGCCCAAGGCCAUUGAGAGCUACUUUGAGGUAGUUUCUGAAGUACUCAUCGAGCACACGGACUACCCCCUUGGUUUCUGGAGAAUAUUGGGUGCAGUCCUUGUCACUCUUGGUAAUCAGAAGCGGGAGAUCCGAAUGAAGUCUGCCAAACUUCUUCGUAUCUUGGAGGAACGUCAACAGAAGAGCUCCAGACUGCAAGAUUUCGACAUCAGCAUAUCUGAUAAAACCACCGCGGUAUACAAACUUGCUCAGUUUGAAACAUCUAAGCGCCUAGCAAAACAGCAUUCUGACCUUGCUUUCACUCUUUUCUCAGAGUUCUCCCUACACUUCAGGAAUUUGCGACCCGAUAGUCAACGAAACAUGGUCGCUGCUAUUCUGCCUUGGGUACAGACAAUAGAGCUUCAGGUCGACCCUAACGGGGGCCCUACGGCUAGAUCAUACAUGCUUCUAGCCAACCUUUUUGAGAUCACCAUUCGAUGCAGCACGAUCCUUCCGAAUGAGGUUCAAGCUCUCUGGCAGGCACUGGCAACGGGCCCACACGGCGGGAACGUGCAGCUGGUUCUUGACUUCGUUAUCAGCCUUUGCUUGGAGCGUAAAGAGCAGAACUUUGUUGACUAUGCUAAGCAAGUAGUUGUCUUCCUCGCAGGAACACCUGCUGGCUCAAAGGUUAUAGAGUUUUUCUUGUUGCAAGUUGUCCCUAAGAACAUGGUGCAGGAAAGGAAAGAUAUAACUCCGCCUCCACCGGAUAUCAAAGGCCUACCUUAUGUCGCCGACUUGGGAACUGUACUCCCUGUUGGAAACAAACAGGCGGGGCUUUCUCUUGGCCAAGUUGCUCUGAUAUUUCUCGUGGAUUUGAUGGUUGCUCCUGUCACACUUCCUCUGGAAGAUGUAGUCAAGUUACUCCACGUGGUCUUGAUCCUCUGGGAUCACUAUACACUCACCGUGCAAGAGCAAGCUAGAGAAAUGUUGGUCCACUUGAUCCAUGAAUUGAUUGCCGCCAAGCUUGAAGACGACGCCUCAGCUGGAACUAGGCAGUCUAUCGAAGACUUUGUGGAGUCUAUCCGUAAGAGCGACCCAAAGGUAGUCUGGGAGUAUGAAGACACCAACGACAAGGACGAAGAGGAAAAUGGCAGCCGAGUUCCUUCUUCGAUGUCCAGUGUGACCCGACAGGUUGUCGAUUUCUUCAGCCUUGCCUAUGAAGGUAUCAACGAUCUUUGGGCGAAAGAAGCCUUGAAUUGGGCGACGUCAUGCCCGGUACGACAUCUCGCUUGCCGAUCGUUCCAAGUAUUCCGCUGCAUAUCCAUGUCGUUGGACUCUAGGAUGCUUGCAGAUAUGCUAGCUCGACUGUCCAACACUAUUGCAGAUGAGGAAGCGGAUUACCGGACUUUCUCGAUGGAAAUUCUCACAACAUUGAAGAUUAUUAUUAGCUCCUUGGCUCCAGCGGAUCUGCUACGCUAUCCACAAUUGUUUUGGACUACCUGUGCAUGCCUCAAUACAAUUCACGAGACAGAGUUCAUUGAAAGCAUUGGUAUGCUGGAGAAAUUCAUGGAGCGCGUCGAUCUGAGCGACCCGAUGGUUGUCGCAGAGCUCAUUAAAGGCCAGCCCCCUAAAUGGGAAGGUGGAUUUGAUGGUCUCCAGAAUAUAGUCUAUAAAGGGCUGAAGUCAUGCGAAUCGCUCAAUUUGACGUUAGAUGUUUUGCACCGGUUGAGCGGGUUCCCAAACAAUGAACUCAUGGGUGAUGGCAACCGCUUACUCUUUACAAUUCUGGCAAACAUGGCUCAUUUUCUACAUCAAUUUGAUCCUGCUGUUGAUGAUCCGAAGACGCUCGCCCGUGCUACGCUGUUAGCCCGUGUUGCCGAGGGCGAGAGGUGUCCUCGUCUCGCAGCUUCACUUCUCGGGUUUGCUAACGGGCAAUAUAAGGCCGAAAACGACUUUUUGAACCAUAUUAUUACGGAAAUUCGAUCGUACUAUUUUCCUCGGCAAGAUGUUCAAAGUCUGAUUUUCCUUAUGGGCCUGUUAACGAACACAACUGAUUGGUUCCGGACCAAGAUUAUGAAGAUGCUUUGCGUGCUAAUACCUGAGAUGGACAUGCGACGAGCAGAGGUGACAUGUCAUGGCCCUGACUUGAUCUCGCCUCUUUUGCGUCUUUUGCAAACCGACCUUUGCCCCCAGGCUCUGCAGGUAAUGGAUCACAUCAUGACCGUUUCGGGCAAUCCUAUGGAGCGACAUCAUCUCCGAAUGAGCAUGGCAUCGUCUUCUUCCUCCCGAGCAAUCCGCAAAGAAUAUGAGCGUAUUCAAAGCCUCUACGGCAUACCAGAACCCACUGGGUGGUCUAUCCCGAUGCCUGCUACCCAGUCAAGUAUCACUCGACACAAUGUCCACGCUGUGUUCUAUACAUGUGCUGAGGUGGAUCGCAUAGAAGUCCAAGAAACCGCUCCCUCAGAAGUGGAGUUCCACGCGGACGAAUACAACGAUUCUUUCUUCCCUAUGCGGGCUGAUACGAUGAAAUCAAUCGAUACUCAGGCGGAUGGGAAUAUGGGAGAUAUUGUACAGAAGUUGGAUAGUCUGGACGACUUUUUCGAAGAGACUGAGACUGGUCAUCCGGCAAUAGAUUCUAUGGCAGACUCGGCGUUGCGCGGCUUUACGGGGACUUACGUUGACACAAGCGCUAAUCUCUAUGAUCAACAAACAGCCCCAAUUUUACGGAAAUCUCUAGCACGAACAGCAUCCUCUUCAUCUUUUCACAACGGUCUCGCCGAGUCUCGACCCCCAAACUUCCGGUUUGACAAUCCUGGGGUGCAUUCACCCGGAGUAUUGACACCUCAAGUGUCUGGUCAAACAUUACGGCCAGUGUCACACGCUCGUUCCGUCACGUCUCCCGUCAAUCAAUUGUUCUCACCGACGACAUCCAGUGCCCAGUUUGCCACUCCACCUAUUGGCUUCAGCGAAUCUGCGUUCCUCUCUGAUGACGAAGUAGAGGAAGGGAUGUGUGAUCUUGAUGAGCGCAUUGUGGCUAACAGGCUGGCACCUCAUCAACUCAACCAAACUCGUAGCGCAACCGAUGGGUCUUCCUCACUUGAAUCCAUGAUCCGCAGUGGUAUGAGACGUCUUACCGGCGGCACUGCGAACAACCGAGAGAAAGAGCGACAGCGUGAUCUUGUUCGAACUCAACACCGGGCAUUAGCUCAGACUACAAGCUCGCCACGUGUGCCGAAAGUGCCCCCAGAAUACCUCGCAGGCCCCGUGAGUAAUCCAACAUCACCGGGGCAGUAGACAUCCACUUUCUCUUUGCAAUUUCCGGCUUACAUUUGGCUUUCACAAAAAUAUACUUCUAAUCCUGGUAAUCGGUGUAAUAUGGGGGCGUUUGCGCGCAAUUUAUUUCGGAGAUUACAUAUACUACUACAUACCCGUUAGCCCUUGAUUUUUCUCUGGGAUGUUUCAUAUAGGAUCGUGUUAUUCCUUGCCGUAGAAGUUAG